GCCACUCUUGGCUAUAUUUUGAGUAUUAGAAUGAAGCUAUUUCACAAAUAUAACGAUAGGAAAUAUUUUUACUGUUAACGUUAACCUAACAAAUCAGUUGCAAAUAGAUCUAUCCGCAACAGACAUAUUUUGUAGAAAAAUAUGUUCUGCAUAAAUAACCUCUCCCUUGUUUAGAUUUCUUACAGGAAGUUGCAUGUGAAUGUUGAUGAGAGCUUCCAAUCAUUCAAUGUUUAAUAGCUUAGGUAUUUAUCAAAAUGGAAAGACAACUUGUCCAACAAGGAGCUGAAGCUAGGCUCUAUAGCAGCUCGUUUUAUGGACAACCUUGUAUGGUUAAGGAGCGAUUUUCGAAGUCUUACCGACACCCAACUCUAGAUAAAUCUCUGACUUCUCAGAGAAUUAAAGGCGAAGUUCGGGCAAUGUUGCGAUGUAGAACACAUGGCAUCCCCACACCGACCGUGUACAUGGUGGACCAGGAGGCUAACAGCAUCUACAUGGAGCUGAUAGAGGAUUCCAUGACCGUCCGGAAACACAUUGCAGACACCCAGCAACAGUACCCUGAUGAUGCUGUGGAGAGACUGCAACCAUUAGCUGCUGAGAUAGGCAAACUACUUGGGAAAAUGCACAGCAAUAACAUUGUCCAUGGAGACCUGACAACAUCAAACAUGCUGUUGAAGGGCAUGCUUGAAGAUAGACGUGUCAUACUUAUUGACUUUGGUCUCAGUCAUUUUGAAAAUGUUUCUGAAGAUAAAGGUGUUGAUCUGUACGUGCUAGAGAGAGCCUUACUGAGCACACAUCCAGGCACUGAAGACUUGUUUGACACUGUCUUAAAAUACUAUUCACAGACAAAUACAAAGGAGGCUGUUGAAGUCAUGAAAAAGUUGGAAGAAGUUCGAAUGAGAGGCCGAAAGCGUACCAUGGUUGGAUGAAUCUAAAGUUAUGUUUUGUCAGCACAGUUCUUGCAUUUUUUCUGAAGAACUUGUCUGUAUAAAUUUACAUAACAAA